AAAUAUCGCUAACAUCAACACAACAUGCCGAAAAAUCUCCUCCUAUAAAUACCGUGCAUUAUCUUUGCUAUUUGAACAGUUUCAAUUGAACCUCCCUUUAGAAGUCAUUACCCUCGAUAGUUAAAUCACGGUAAAGUAAUCUAAAGUAAUCUAAAGUAAUCUGAAGUAAUCUAAAAGCAUAAUGACAGGUAUAUUUGAUCUUCAAGGGCAUUUGAUUUUUUACAGAUCGUACCACAUGAAUCAUGUAAACGUGGCUAUACAUUUAGUAUGUAUUCCAAUAAUUUUAUUAUCAUUUAUAACUACAAUUAUUCCUUAUGAUAUUGUAGGAUUUAAUAAUCCUCAAAUUAAUUUAGGUUCAAUAAUUGCUUGGACAUAUGGAAUUUAUUAUAUCUUAUUAGAUUGGACACUUGGAAUUCCAAGUUUCUUAAUAUUAGCAUCAUAUACUUAUGCUGCCAAGAGUUAUUAUUUAGGAUUAAAUAAUUCUACAAGUUUAACUCCUACUCAAUUUGUUAACUAUGCUUUAGCAGCUCAUGUAGGAGCUUGGUUAGCUCAAUUUUAUGGUCAUGGAAUUCAUGAAGGUAGAGCUCCAGCUUUAUUAGAUAAUUUAUUACAAGCUUUAGUUUUAGCUCCAUUCUUUGUAGUAUUUGAAAUAGCUUUUGCACUUGGCUAUAAAUUAAAUAUUAAAAAGCAUAUGGAUAAUAAAGCAGGAAUUCUUAUUCGAGAUUUCAAACAAAAGAAUAAGAAGAAGACUAAAUAAUCUACUUGUAAUUCUUCUUC